AUGCGGCUCCCGCGCGGGACUGACCCUGGGAAAGGCCGCGGGGAGGGCGGAGGGGUCACCUUUGGGCGGAUGCGGGGCGCGCCCUACGACGCGCACACGACCGGGGUGGCCAGCGCCAUCAGCUACCACCCGUAUGGCAGCGCGGCCUACCCCUACCAGCUCAACGACCCCGCGUACCGCAAGAACGCCACGCGGGACGCCACGGCCACGCUCAAGGCCUGGCUGAACGAGCACCGCAAGAACCCGUACCCCACCAAGGGCGAGAAGAUCAUGCUGGCCAUCAUCACCAAGAUGACCCUCACGCAGGUCUCCACCUGGUUCGCCAACGCGCGCCGCCGCCUCAAGAAGGAGAACAAGAUGACAUGGGCCCCGAGGAACAAAAGCGAGGACGAAGACGAGGACGAGGGCGACGCGGCGAGGAGCAAGGGGGACAGUCCGGACAAGGCGCAGGAGGGCACGGAGACCUCGGCCGAGGACGAAGGUGAGCCGGGCCGCGGCCGGCGCCGCUCUAGGGAGCUUUCUUCCCAGGCGGGCGCGGAGCCGAGGUCCGGGGAGACGCUGCCCGCCGCCACCCUGGGUCGCGUGGGGCCGAUUGAGUCCUCGGGCGCUUCCCCACGGAAGCCCUGCUCCCCCCUGGGACGUGGCCGGGGAGGGGUCCGGCCCCGCAGUCCCCAGCCCUCGCACCCUCCCGCGGCUGCUGCCGGAGGGGUGGAGGAGGGGGAGGAGUGA